AUGCAAAAGUUAUUCUCGACCGACUACAACUCAAGUGAACACACUGUCAAAAAAAUGCAUACAGUUCUCGCUGACUGCUACAUUGACAUCCGUGGGAAGCUUGAUUUUCAUGGCAGAGAGGCAAAAGCGGAUGCAACGCCGGCUUGUAACACCACAGGCAACGCAGGGGCUCUUUGCACCCAGGACUUCUUCAACAGUUACAAGCACCAGCUGAAUAGUGCAGUGAGGUUAUUCCACGAAAAUUCGGGUAAUUUCCACGACGUGGCACUUUGCAUGCUGUAUGUGGCCAAAGAACUGGACUUUCGCGGUAGCGACAUUCUCAAACUUUGCAAAAUGGGUCGUCGUCUGAUCGAAGCCGCAAACUCCGCUUCGCGUGGGGAAUGGCGUUACAAGACGCUGGGCAACUACGGGCUUUACAGUUACCAUGCUUUUUGGUGCUUAGAGAAGCGCGGGAACAUGGGUUUGGCUCUUUUCUACCUUCAUGAAUCUAUGACGGUUACAGACCUAGCCGCCAUCAGCACUGGUAAUGAGCGCUUGAAGGAUCACUACGCAUCUAACGCAUUAUUCGGUCGUCUGAGACUAAUAGAAGAGCUAACAAUGAUUGGUAGAGUUGAAGAGGCGGCAGAAAUCAGAGCAGGCGUAAUAGCGUCUCCAUUUUUGCGCAAGGCGAUGGAAAAUGAAGUCGGCGAGCAAUUUUAG